AUGGCAAUAGCACCGUACCUUCAGGGCAUCACAGCUCAAAUUUUAAUCAACGGCGUCCCCACUGAAGAAUACGAUGAUCCGGACCCAAUCGCCCCCAAGCAUGCUGACCCCGCGGUAGCGAGGUACAUUUCCAAGCACACAAUAUCAAAAUACAUUGUGUCUGAGACCAACCAAGUAUUCAGCAUCAAGCUUUUAGUAGCAAAACCGUAUUCCAACAUAAUGGAUUCAAAAUGUGGAUUCCAUAUCGUCAUUGAUGGCGUCCCGGCGUGGACUAGUACCUGUGCGAGACCGAGAGUGAAGGAAAAUGGUGGAACGUGGGAAGAUGAAGUUAUGGGCGUUAAGGUGGGCAAGGGCCGAAAUUGCGUGGUCAGGAACUUUAGGUUUGCCGAAAUCACAACCAACGGCAACACGCCUGAGAUAGCAAAGGUUAAACGCAUGGCCCAGCAACUACAGAAAAUCGGCGUUAUCGAGAUAAAGGUGUACAGAGAAAAUUAUGGCAUUCUGGGCGGUGCGACUCCUGGCGACUCGAGCAAAUUUCUUAACAAUAAAGAGACCGAUGUCCCAGAAAAGGCGUUGAAGGGCGGAGAUGCAAAGACUCAUGGGACUGUCUUAGGCAAAGCACAAAAGACCAUGAGAGGAACCGUCUGGACAACACAGAAGAAAGACGGCGACGACCAUCCCCUCGUGGUCUUCAGAUUCAUGUAUCGCUCUCUCGACGCCCUAAAACAACUCCAAGUGAUCCCUCGGACACCAUCCCCAUCUCCCUCCGUCAGUUCAUCUUUCUCUGAGUCAGAGUUGUCCUCUCGGCAAUCCUCGCCUGCGCCAGAAGAAGAACCAGGAGCUCUCACGGCCGAGCAGAACCCUCAAAUGGAAGAGCUUAUGGCUCGGUUCAAAGCCGAGAAUCAGGGUCGCCGUAGCGUUUCUGCUGAGCAGGGAAAAGUAGGGAGCAAGAAAAGAAAUAUGAAAAGGAUUAAGAAGGAGCACUUAGAGGACAGGGAGCCACGAAAGCGACGAAGAGCUUCGGAGAAGGCUAAGCAUGAGCAAGUUGAUUUCACUGCCGAGGAUUAA